CCCACAGAAGGCGCGCCAACGAAUUUGGAUCAAAUUUCAUUUCAUUAUUAUUCUUGUCUUCCCUUUAAAUCGAUACUCAUCACUACCUCUUUAUCCUCAUAUCCUGGGAUUUAGCUUCUUCGCCUAGCGCUUUUCAGGUUCCAGUUUGUAAUCGGACAAUCAUGGCUCGGCUUAGCGCUCCUGCCCGUCUCAUGAUAGUUUCGGAUCUUGAUCAUACAAUGGUGGAUCAUCAUGAUCCUGAGAACCUUUCUCUGCUUAGGUUUAAUGCCUUGUGGGAAGCGAAUUAUCGUCAUGAUUCUCUGCUAGUUUUUUCAACCGGAAGGUCAAAAACGCUGUACAAACAGUUGAGGAAAGAGAAGCCCAUGUUAACACCUGAUAUAACUAUAAUGUCUGUGGGCACUGAGAUAACCUAUGGUGACUCAAUGGUCCUGGAUGAUGGUUGGAUUGAAGUUUUAAAUCAGAAAUGGGAUAGGAACAUAGUCACAGAGGAAACGGGGAAAUUCUCUCAACUUACUCCUCAGCCAGAAACGGAGCAACGACCACACAAGGUUAGCUUUUUUGUUGAGAAAGAUAAAGCUCAGGCUGUGACGAAGGCUCUCUCAGAGGUUUUGGAGAAACGCAGGUUGGAUGUUAAAAUAAUCUACAGUGGAGGAAUCGAUUUGGAUAUAUUACCUCAAGGUGCUGGCAAAGGGCAAGCUCUUGCCUAUUUGCACAAGAAAUUUAAAACCGAAGGAAAGUUGCCCCUUAACACGCUUGUUUGUGGCGACUCUGGAAACGAUGCUGAGCUCUUUAGUAUCCCAGAUGUACAUGGAGUCAUGGUUAGCAAUGCCCAAGAAGAAUUAUUGCAGUGGCAUGCUGAAAAUGCUAAAGACAACCCUAAGAUUAUUCAUGCAACAAAGAGGUGUGCUGCUGGAAUCAUUGAAGCCAUCGGUCAUUUUCAUCUUGGUCCAAAUUUAUCUCCUAGAGACGUUGCAGACCUUUUAGACUCUAAGCCUGAAAGUGUUAGUCCUGGCUAUGAAGUAGUUAAAUUUUACCUGUUCCUUGAGAGAUGGAGGCGUGCAGAAUUCGAUAAUUCAGAAGCAUAUAUCAAAAGUCUGGAAGCAGAUUUUGAUCCAUCUGGUGUCAUGGUGUACCCUAAUGGUUUUGAACAAUCUUUUUCUGACUCCGUAAGUGGAUUGAGAAACUACCAUGGAGAUCAACAGGGAAAACGGUUUCGUGUGUGGGUGGAUAGAGUAUUUGCUUCACAAAUCAGUUCAGACACAUGGCUAGUGAAGUUCAAUAAGUGGGAAUCAUAUGGUGAAGAGAGAAACAAUUGUGUGAUAAGUGCUAUUUUAAGGUCAAAGGGUAACAGUGGUUUUACUUGGAUUCAUGUUCAUAAGACAUGGGUGGAAUUACCCCAAGGCAAGGAUUAAUGAAUUUGUUGUCUUAAUCUCGAUCAAGAUUCUAAUGCUGCUAAUGCUGCUAUAAUUUUUGUUCAUUUAAAAUAAAUAUGCAGAUGCGACUUUGUCAUCUCUAAUUUCAAGUUUUUGACAAAACAUUUUAUUGGUCACAUGAAGGCAGUUUGCCAUCAUGAUCCAUGAAUAAUUACUUUUAUAUAGCAACAUCAGAAUUUCCAA